AUGACCAAAAAAAGAAGAAACAAUGGGAGAGCCAAAAAGGGCUGUGGCCACAUGCAGCCCAUCUGCUGCAUCAACUGUGCCCUUUGUGUGCCCAAGGUUAAGGCUAUCAAGAAGUUUGUCAUUAGGAACAUUGUGGAGUCCGCAGCAGUGAGGGAUAUUUCCGAAGCCAGCGUUUUCGAUGCCUGUGUACUUCCCAAGUUGUAUGUGAAGUUACACUACCGUGUGAGUUGUGCCAUUCACAGCAAGGUGGUAAGGAACCAUUAUUAUGAAGCCCUCAAGGACCAAACGCCCCAACCAAGGUUCAGAUCUGUAGGUGCUGCCCCAAGACCUCCACCAAAACCCAUGUAA